UCCCCCACAGACCGGCCCAUCAGAGUUUGUCAGCCAUACCGGAAAGCUUGUCUGUGCGCUCGUAUUGUUCAUGUUCAGUCUAUCACGGUACUACGGUAGAGAUCCCAAAUCAAUCUUUCUUCAGUGGCCUUAGAUCAGAAACUGAGACACCCAAAAUAUGGAGUACAGAAAAAUCAAAGAUCAGGAUAAAGAUGGGGAUGGUGGUGGAGACGACAUAGAGAGCUCAAGAGGGAAAGCUCAUGCAGUGAGUAAUGUGGAUAUUGAGCGCACCAAGUGGAAGCGCAAGUCCGUUGUUACGCUCGCAUUGACUGUUCUUACGAGUUCGCAAGCGAUACUUAUUGUGUGGUCUAAGAGAGCUGGAAAGUAUGAGUAUAGUGUUACCACUGCAAAUUUUAUGGUGGAGACUUUGAAAUGUGCAUUAUCACUUGCAGCCUUGACAAGAAUCUGGAGAAGUGAAGGUGUUACAGAAGAUAACAGGUUGAAUACGACAUUGGAUGAAGUUAUUGUGUUCCCCAUUCCUGCAGCACUUUACCUAGUCAAAAACUUGCUUCAGUAUUACAUCUUUGCGUAUGUCGAUGCGCCAGGUUAUCAGAUACUGAAGAACCUGAAUAUUAUCAGUACCGGUGUUCUAUACAGAAUUAUACUUAAGAAGAAGUUGAGCGAGAUUCAAUGGGCAGCUUUCAUUCUACUAUGUGCUGGGUGCACCACAGCUCAGCUAAAAUCGAAUUCAGAUCAUGUUCUUCAAACUCCUUUUCAAGGUUGGGUGAUGGCCAUUGUCAUGGCACUAUUGAGUGGUUUUGCAGGAGUAUAUACCGAGGUGAGCUUUCUAAGUACACAGUUUGCACUCUAGUUCUUCGGAACCGCCA